GCGCAGCUAUUAGUUGUGUAGGUGGUCGAUUGGCAGAACAAUUAAUACGAAGUAGAUUCAAUUUCAAAAGAAUUAUAAGUUCAGCUUGUACCGCAGAUGGAAAAAAACAAGAAAUUGUAGGUCGUUUUAAAACUGCAAUAAAAUACAAAAACGAGACGAAAGAUAUAGAGUUGCAUAUUAUUCCUUCCUUAAGUCAGGAUCUGUACCUUGGAAUCGAUUUUUGGACAACGUUCAAUCUUUUGCCACCGGACAGAGAAAUUUCCGAACUGUCAUCAGAUUCUCACAACUUAUUGGGUUUACAAAAGGAAAGCCUUCAGGCAGUAAUUGACAAAUUUCCUUCAUUUGUAGUUUCUGGUCUUGGCAAGACUUCGCUCAUAUCGCACAUAAUUGACGUUGGUGAUGCAAAACCAAUUAAACAGCGUCAUUUUCCUAUUUCUCCGGCACAAGAAAAACUUCUAUAUGCGGAGAUUGAUCGCAUGCUUGAGCAAGGAGUUAUAGAAGAGUCAGACAGUGCUUGGUCUUCGCCAGUUGUGUUGGUACAAAAGCCAGGAAAAUUUCGUAUUUGUUUGGAUAGCAGAAAAGUCAAUGCUGUAUCGCGAAAAGACGCGUAUCCGCUUCCACAAAUUGAUGGCAUUUUAAGCCGUUUGCCAAAAGCAAUGUUUAUAUCAAGUCUAGAUUUGAAAGAUGCCUACUGGCAAAUUCCGUUAGAUGUUUCGUCGCGAGAUAAAACAGCAUUUACGAUACCGGGUAGGCCGCUUUACCAGUAUAAAGUCAUGCCAUUUGGUUUGACCAAUGCUGCCGCAACAAUGACUCGUCUAAUGGAUAAAGUUAUUCCACCAUCGCUCAGAAAUGAGGUAUUUGUUUAUUUGGACGACUUGUUAAUUGUGUCGAAUAGUUUUGAGUCGCACUUAAAGGUUUUGACUCAAGUUGCUGAGCGAAUCAAAUCUGCUGGUUUAACACUAAACGUAGAAAAGAGCAAAUUUUGCAUGCGCUCGGUUAAAUAUUUAGGACAUAUUAUAGGUGAAGGUGUCAUUCGUACAGACCCAGAAAAAAUUUCAGCAAUGACAGAUUUUCCAAUUCCUCGUACACUCAAAGCUCUAAGGAGUUUCUUGGGAAUGGUUGGAUGGUACCGCAAGUUUAUUAGCAAUUUUGCCGCAAUAUCUGCUCCACUUACAGAUCUGUUAAAGCCCAGACAGAAAUUUAUUAUGACUCCAGAGGGUGAACAAUCAUUUGUAAAAUUAAAGCAGUUGCUUUGCUUAGCACCAGUGCUACGCAGUCCCGAUUUCAGCAAGCCUUUCUUUAUACACUGUGACGCUAGCAAAACUGGAGUCGGAGGUGUCUUGGUUCAAAAGACUGAAGAUGGAGAUGAAUAUCCCAUAGCUUUUGUUUCGAAAAAACUUAACAAGGCUCAAAAAAAUUAUACUGUAACUGAGCAAGAAUGUUUAGCAGCUUUAGUAUGCAUUAAGCGUUUUCGUGCUUAUGUUGAAGGUCACGAAUUCACGGUGAUAACCGAUCAUGCGUCCUUAAAGUGGCUCAUGUCACAACAAGACUUACAUUCUCGUCUUGCUCGAUGGGCACUAAAACUUCAAGGUUUUAGAUUUAAAAUUGAACAUCGAAGCGGUAGAUUGAAUAUUGUUCCAGAUGCUUUGUCUAGGGUGCACGAUGACGAAAUAGCUGCGAUAGAGGCCAGUAAUGGUUUGUUAGUCGACUUGGAAUCUAAAUUUUUUAAGUCCGAUGACUAUACUGAGCUCAUGGAACGCGUUAAGGCAAAUGCAGACAAAUUACCCGAUGUUAAAGUGGUUGAAAAUUUUGUGUACCGUAGAUCAGACCAUGCAACGGGAGACCAGUUGCAUGAUUCUUUUGGUUGGAAGUUAUGGAUUCCUAAGGAAUUAGUUUCAGAGGUUUUGAAAAACGCACAUGACCACCCGUUAGCUUCUCACGGUGGAGUGCAUAAAACUUUGGAAAGGAUACGAAGGUAUUAUUAUUGGCCAGGCUUAGUGAACGAUGUGAAAUGUUACAUAAAUUCUUGCGAAACAUGUAAAACGACUAAAGCGCCAAAUACAGUUCAGCGUCCGCCAAUUGGAAAGUCCCCAGAAUCACAGAGAUUCUUUCAAAGGUUGUAUAUUGAUUUCUUAGGCCCGUACCCGCGUUCUCGUAGUGGAAAUAUUGGUAUUUUUAUUGUUAUGGACCACUACACCAAGUUUGUUUUUCUUAAAUCAGUGAAAAAACUGACUGCAGAUGUUGUCGUGAAAUAUAUGCAACAGGAGCUUUUCCACACAUUUGGAGUUCCAGAGACAGUUGUUUCAGACAAUGGUUCGCAAUUUAAGGCUGAAGCUUUUCAAAAGUUGCUUCGGGACAAUCAAGUUGUUCAUACAUUGACAGCUGUAUAUUCGCCACAGGCUAAUGCGUCCGAGCGUGUAAAUCGCUCAAUUAUUGCUGCUAUUCGUUCUUAUAUAAGGCCAGAUCAAAAAGACUGGGACGAGCAUUUGAGCAGUAUAAGUUGUGCUUUAAGGUCAGCAGUUCAUUCCGGAAUUGGUGCUACUCCAUAUUAUAUGGUGUUCGGUCAACAAUUUUUAAAUUCGGGUUCAACCUACAAAUUGUUGAGACACUUAAAAUUGCUAGAAGAUAAAGCAGCUGUUUAUAGCAAGGAAGAUUCUCUCGAACUUAUACGAAGCAAAGCAUGCGAGGUAAUGCGAAAACAAAAUGAGAAAAAUGAGCGCAAUUACAAUUUACGCUCAAGAGCAGUUUCGUAUAGGGUAGGUCAGGAAAUUUACCGGAGAAAUUUUCGACAGAGUAAUUUUCAAGCUGGCUAUAACUCAAAAUUGGGACCUGCCUAUAUCAAAGCCCGUGUUCGACGUAAAAUUGGCAAUUGCUAUUACGAGCUGGAGGAUCUCCAGGGUCGAUUUGUUGGCAAAUAUCACGCAAAAGACUUAAAGCAAUAGCUGCUUCAAGCUUAGGUGUGAUCAGCCUUGAUGUUUUUUUUAAAAAAACCACCAAGUCUGAUUUUGGUGGGGGGCAUUUGUAACGCUUGCAGCAGCAACUGUUUUGUUAAAUCAGUUUAAUAGGCGAAUAUCGUAAUUUUUCUUAGCGCCACCUCUUGGUCGUAUGAUGGAAAGGCGCAAGCAGGUCAAUAGGGUAACUCCUUGCUUAACAGGUGCAAGUGUCACUUUCGCCGAAAAUGGCUACUUUCACCUCGCUGACCUACCGCCUCUGUAAAAAGGUUCCCGCCUGGUCCAAGGCGUCAGAUGCUUUCUUUUUCUGGUGAUACUUGGCCGAGAUCAGACGUGUGCAAAUUGCAGUUCAAAGUUUUUUUUAUAUCCGAGUCGAAGAAAAAUUUUAAAGUCGCCAAAAAGAGCGUAUCCAGAUUGGUUUUAUAAAAAUAAAAAAAAAUAAAAAAAAAUAAAACAAAGGCCCACACAAAGGCCAGUGAUAAUAUUGAGCUAUUUUCGCCGGAUGCCAGCCCUUGAUCGUAUUGGAGGGUUUCUGAAACCGAAGAGCAGUCCAUUGCAUUGGCAUUUGCAAUAAACGGCAGCCGCCAGCAGCAUUAAAAUUCUAAAAGACGAAAUCACUCAAGUUUUGGACCCUAUGUUCGACGCAGCAGAACUACCGCAGGCGAUCGUCCGACCCACCUGAGUGCAACUCAGUCUUCUAUCGUACGCGAAGCAGCUACCAGCGCCGUCGUAUCCACGCUGCUAAAUUUUACCCGCGUCGGCUUCAUUGUUGUGUUUGGUUUAAAUAAAAAGGUUGAGUGCAGCUAAGACGUGUGGCCCUGAGCAAAGGGAAAAGGCAGUAGUGGCUAAAUUUUUGGUUGUUGGAAAAAAAACGAUAUAAUGGCCAGCCAGAAUCAACUUCUCCAUAGGUUAAAUUUUCAUUAUAUUUAUAUUUAAAGUUCUAUUUAGUCAUACAGUUUUUUUUUACUGUUAAUCUUGGUUCAGACCAUUUAUAUUACAUUGGUCGAUGUCAUUAAUUUUACUUUGUGUAGGCAUAGGGAAACACAUGGCCGAAUUUUAAUUAUUAGUUUAUCUUGGUUCUCGAAAUCCGAAGAGAGGCCGUAUCUUCGAAUAUUGAAGAGGAAGAGGAGUACCGUUUUUUUUGUAUGUUUUGUUGAGUGUUUUCUUUCGAGUGAGUUUUUUUUGAGUACAGCAAAAGAAAAAGAAACGAAAUUCUGUUUUGUGUCCACACAGAUGGUUGGAUUGUAUUCCCAUCAUCUAAGAUUUUCCUUUUCAGCAGCGGUCUCAUCGGGAAAGUACUUUCAGCGAUGGAUAACGCCAAAAUGUCACACUUGAAGACUUUGUUGUUGUGUGCACUGUGCCUGUGCAUGGCGCAGGGCAGAUGCGAGGCUUUACUGUCGUUUCGAUUCAGUAACAUUGAUAUCUUCAAUAUAUUUGGCGGCGGAGGUAAUGAGUUUGGACAGCGCUCGGGUCGAACGAGCGCCACAGACAGGCCAGUGUUGGAAAACGAUGUGGAUCCGAAUAUUGUGGAGGAUUCGUUUCUAGAUACGUACGGUCUGAUCCAUAAGUAUGGCUAUCCGGCUGAGAAGCAUACAGUGGACACUCCUGAUGGCUAUAUCUUGACGGUACAUCGCAUUGCCCGGCCGGGUGCCACACCCGUACUGCUAGUGCACGGUCUCUUGGAUAGCUCAGCCACUUGGGUCAUUAUGGGUCCGAACAAGGGCUUGGCUUAUUUGCUUUAUGAUCAGGGCUACGAUGUUUGGAUGGCAAAUGUGCGCGGCAAUACCUAUAGUCGUCAUCAUAAGAAAUACUCCACAUCCCAUGGCAAAUUUUGGGACUUUACUUUCCAUGAAAUGGGAAAAUAUGACAUUCCAGCUACAAUCGAUUAUGUCCUCAGCACGACAAAUGUGACGAAGCUGCAUUAUAUUGGACAUUCUCAGGGCACUGUGGUGUUUUGGAUAAUGGGCAGCGAGCGUCCGGAAUAUAUGGAUAAAAUCAUACUCAUGCAGGCCUUGGCUCCGGUCGCCUUUCUAAAGCAUUGCGAAAGUCCGGUGGUGAACUUCUUAUCCACAUUCCAGGAUCCCAUGAGCUUGCUGCUUAAGCUUAUCGGCGUGCACGAGUUUCUGCCCAAAAACGAGUUCAUCACCAUGUUCAAUCAAAUCAUCUGCGAUGAGACAACCCUCACCAAGGAGAUCUGUUCCAAUGUGAUAUUCCUGACCACCGGCUUCGACAAGUCGCAGUUGAAUGAGACGAUGUUGCCGGUAAUUGUGGGCCACGAUCCCGCUGGCGCUUCCACCAAGCAGAUGCAACAUUUUGGCCAGCUUAAGCGCUCGGGCGCCUUUCGGCAGUUCGACUAUGGCUGGCUAAGGAAUCAAUGGCGUUACGAUUCUAUAACGCCACCAGCCUACAAGCUGGAGAACGUGAAGGCCAAGGUGGCUUUGUACUACUCUAAAAACGAUUGGCUAGCUGCGCCGGCGGAUGUGGAGACGCUGUACCGCAAGUUGCCCAACGUGGUCUCCAAGUAUUUGGUCGACUAUAGCCGAUUCAAUCAUCUGGACUUCAUUUGGGCCGUGGACGCUCGGGAGCUGUUGUGGGAGCGCGUCUUCCAUGCCAUGAGAAAACAUGAGCGAAAAACGGAGGAGUAGAGUAGUCUAAGUGCAUCCUCUCUUCGUAAACUUACAGUAUGUACUGCACAUGUGCAACAAAUUAGCUAAGAGUCUUAUUUAUCGUAGAAUAAAUUUUUAUAAAUACGUA